CGUACGUUGUGCGCCUCACCAAUAGGAUUGCGAAACAGUCGGGUCAACAACAUGCGGGCUUCAAUGUCACAGACGCGCGUGCUGCGCAGCUUUCAUUAAUGUAGAUCCUGUGGGCAAGAACCGCAUCAUUUGAGGCUCAAGCUUGCUGGUUGUCAUGGCAGCGUGUGGAGGAUGUAGGUUCUUUGUCCUGACUUUAAGAACUCUAUGUGGAACAUCAAGAUCAGCAUCACUCUGCACUCUGCCUUCAGCUACACACAGGACUUUUUCCACCUCUGUGGGAACCUACUCUCUAGACCCAUUACCCUCCGGGUCAAGGAAGACCCCGGCUCCGGUGGCCAAACCAGAGCGAAUUUCUCCAUCCUCGGGAGGCGUUCAGAGGAACCUCUCUGCUGUCGCUGUGCCCCUGCAGGGUCAGUUUCGCCCCCUCUGCCGGUAUGACCCUUUAGAUUUGGGCGAUGUGGAGGAGAACACGCAGAAAGCGCUGGCCUGUAAACACCUGAGACAGUUCAUCGUAGACCCUUCCCUCGCAAGAAUCGUGACCGACCACCUCGCCGGAGACAUUGAUGAUGGGAAAGCUGUUAUAUUUGAGUGUAACCCCGGUCCUGGGGUGUUGACACGUGCUCUGCUGAACCGUGGGGCUCAAAGAGUAGUUGCCCUGGAAAGUGACACUAACUUCCUUCCUGAUCUGAAGGACCUGGAGCGCAAACUGGAUGGGCAGCUGGAUGUGGUUCAUUGUGACUUCUUCAAACUGGAUCCCCUCGGCCACGGCAGCAUGAAACCACCCGUCAUGUACUCGGAGAAACUCUUCUCUGAACUUGCCAUUUCCGAGGUUCCUUGGACUGCAGAUGUUCCAGUGAAGAUUGUGGGGAUCUUCUCACAAAGAAAUGAGAAGAACAUACUGUGGAAGCUGAUUUACAACCUGUUUGAGCGCCGCUCCAUCUUCCACUACGGACGUGUGGAGUUGAUCAUGUUCAUUAGCCAGAAAGAAUACGCAAAACUAGUGACCCGUCCAAGAGAUUACAGGAACUACCAAGCUUUCAGUGUUCUCUGGCAGAUGGCCUGUGAUAUUGAGUUACUGCAUGAGGAGCCACUGUCAUCCUUUCUAACUGUAACCAAGAACUCUGGAAGGCCCUCCUCAAAGAACACUUCAUCCCAAAGUGAUAAGCUUUGCUUGGUGCGAAUAACUCCACGUGAGGACUUGUUUAACUCUCACCUGACUCCCUUAAAUGGCAGCACUCUGGUUUUGAUGGUGAAACAGUGCCUUGCCAAAAGGAAAAGCAGACUGAUAGAACAAAUUAACUCAUGGAGUCCUGGCAGUGGAUCAGAGCUCAUCUCAAAGCUCAGCUUCCUUGACGACACAAUGACAGGCGACGUGUACCCUGAUGAGUUCAAGCGUCUGUUUGAGCUAAUGGAGCAGUCCGGAAACUUCACUCAGAGCUGGCUUUAUGAGGAGAUGCUGGAAACCACGAACACUGGUCACGCAUAACACCGCCAUAGAUGUAUUAAA